AUGGAGACGGAUGCGCUGCCUCUUGAACGUGGUGGCGUGGAGAUGACGCAGUUGCUACAGCCCGCGGCCUCACCGCCUAUCCACGCUGUCUCACACGAAAAUCUCACACCUUCACAUGAGACAGAAAAUCUCUUGCGGCGCGUGCGCAGUGUACAAGAUGCCGCAAAGCACGGACUUUUAUUGGGAUACCAAAAUCGCAGUCGGAGUCGCCCAGGUCCAUAUGGAGCCAUGAGUGUACCCCGUACUGGGCAGUAUACUUCAGAGAUCACAUUUACGCUUCAAGAUAGCUUUCGAUCACGUGGUCCACUCCUUACAUCGGAACUAGAUGUGCGACGAUUCAAGACGAUACUAGUUGAUAUUGUUGUCAAUGGUACAUCUGGUGUUAUAGCUUUCUUAUUGUCCUCGACUCUAGCCGUGUCAUGUGCUAGUGUCUUAGUAGGACAUGGGACCCCACUCUCGACGGUCAUUGCCCACUUUAUUGACAUCAAUUUGCUCGGAACUGCUGUCUUGUCUGUAAUUCUUGCAUGGCAAAGUUGUGCACCUUGGACAUUAGGUGCAAUUGAUGUGUUUGUAGCACCAGUCAUGGCUGAUAUGGCAGAGAGAAUUUCAGACCAUUUGCAUGGAGAUCUGGAUAAAGUGGUACCUACGACUGUUGUUAUGGUCGCUAUGACAUCCAUCGUCUUGGGACUUGUCUUUUUUAUUAUGGGACUAUUUCGAGUUACUUCGAUUGCUAAUUAUAUGCCAUAUCCUGUCAUUGCAGGAUUUUUGUCCGGCAUUGGCGCCCAAUUAAUGAAGAAUGGGAUUCACAUGGCAUCCAGUAAAGCUGUCACUGCGGCAUUUUUUACGUUGAAAGUACAACUUCUUUUACUUCCAGCUAUUGCAUUUGCUGGAUUUGCCCGACUUGGACAAUAUUUGAAACUACCAGUGGCAUUUUCAUUUCCAUGUCUAUUAGCAUUGUCGCUUGUAGGAUUCCAAGUCAUGUCGUUUCUCUCUGGAGCUAGUAUGGAGACGUUAACAAAACAAGGAUGGGUCUUUUCAUGGGAUCCGUUAGUUGUGGCACAGACGCCGAUGUGGUUUCCAUGGUCUGAAAUUGACUUUCAUCACGUUCAUUGGCACACUUUGUCGCAUGAAUGCACGGGAUUUAUGGUCUCACUUGUAAUUCUUGGCGCACUUAAGUAUAGCGUAGCAACGACAUCACUCUCUACACUCUUUGGACGGGACAUUUCACCCGAUAAUGAGAUGCGGGUAAUUGGAUUAGCGAAUCUUGCGAGUGGGCUUUUGGGCUGUUGUGGCGGAUGUCACUAUCUCUCAGCAAUGGGGAUCAUGAAACAAUUCGAAGCACAUGAAAAGGUACCAGCGCUUGUAUGUGCGAGUUUAGUGAUACUUUUGUGGAUGAUGGGGAUCCGACUGCUUCAAUAUGUGCCCAAAUUUAUCUUUGGUGGCCUGCUCUUGAGCGUGGGAUUGCAUUUCUUAGAAGCAUAUCUCGUGACCCCAUUCCAUUUUCUAAAACCUAUUGAAAAGUUCACCGUUGUGCUCAUUACGUUGAGCUUCCUGAUUGUUGGCAUGCUAGAGAGUGUGGCGAUGGGAAUUAUAAUCUCUAUGAUUGAACUCAUUUGGCGUAUUCAUGCAGUGGGUUGUGUACACCAUGAAACAACGGGUGCACUGACCCGCAGCGCCGUGGACCGAACUCCAGAACAAACGGCAUUUCUUGAUCUGGAAGGUAGUGCCAUUUUUGUCUUACGACUGCAAGGAUACCUUUUCUUUGGAACAUCUGUGAAUAUCAUAGAACGAAUAGAAACUCGGGUCCAUUCGCUCGAGUUUCCAAAGCUCAAAUUUGUGAUCAUCGAUUUUGGUCUUGUCCCAAGCUUUGAUGCCACUGCAUUGCUAAACUUUCGCAAAACGUCGAGACUUGCUGACUUGUACAUGUUUGACAUUUAUUUCUGUGGAUUAAAACCUGAGAUUGAGCUUGCCCUUCGUCAAAACCAAACCUCUCGGCGUAUUCAUUUUCUAGGAAGUGAUGUGGAUAUCGCAUUGGAAAUUUGUGAGGACGCACUACUUCCAGAGAACAUAACACCGAAAUCACCUCAACGUGGAAGAUCCCUGAUUGAAUUCAAGCAAAUGAGUCAAUUAGAACUUUGGGAACAAUUUAUGAUUGCGUCGCCCGAGCAGGAUGGUACAGCAAGCUAUCAGAAACUGCUUCCUCUUGCAGCAUAUUUGGAAAUUAUUGUAGUACCUAGUGGCUCGCAACUAGUGCCCGAACAUCUGCGCGACGACACUUAUUUCAUUUGUUUUGGAUUUAUGAACUUUGUGAUGGAUUCUGAAUUUUCGACUGGACAUAGUAUUCCUGGUGUUCGGCAUUCGGAUGUUGGAGAUAGCGAUAAUCCAGAUUUGUAUUUGAGUGAUAGAAUCGAAGAAUUCGAUGCUAAUGAUUUAAGCGGUCUCUUAAAUCCACAUCGGUUAUCAUUGGCUGUACCAGAAGAGUCGCAGUGGACGCCUUUUACGACUGCUAAGUCUCGGUUACUCAAGAUCGGACCAGGAUCUGUUAUCACACCUAAUGUGGCGGGUAUGGACCCAGAGUACAAGUACUUGGCCACGUCUGAUUGCGUUAUGUUGCGUCUGCGGGCAUCAGCAAUGGAAACACUCGAAUCUCAAGCUCCUCAUUCUGCAGUUGCUGUGCUUAAACUCAUUAACGUGCGCUUGGCUACUCGCUUUCGACACUCUAGCAAACGAGUCUCACAAAUGUCUUCACUACUAUACAAAUAG